AGAGAUAAGGGAAGGAUUAUAAGUAAAAGAAGUACAAAGAAAGGGAAUAAGAAGUAUUAAUGAGUGGAUGGAAUUUAUAAUAUGACAGAAAUAAUAAUUGAAAUUGCCAAAACAUGCAGCACCAAUUGCUUGGAACGAUCGAGGACUGGAUAUGAGUAAACAAUAUCCACCCGAUUGACGGCUUUACCGACUCCCAUGGAAGUCUUCUCCGUCUCCUUCCUCUUCCUUCUCCUCCCUCUGCUCUUUCUCAUCAUCAAACACUUCAAACCUUUAAACCCUGCAAAACCCCCUUCACUACCACCCGGGCCGCGGCCAUGGCCGAUCCUCGGCAACAUUCUCCACAUGGGCAAAAUGCCCCACAUCACUCUGACCCACUACGCCCAAUCCUACGGCCCCCUCAUCUCCCUCAGACUCGGGACCCAAGUCCUCGUCGUGGGCUCUUCGCCGGCCGCCGCCGAGGAAAUUCUGAAGACCCACGAUCGAAUUUUCUCCGGCCGCUACGUUCCAAGCGCCCUGCCGAUGAGGAGGCCGGAACUCAAUGGCAACUCCCUAGGUUGGGCUCUGGAUUGCAACGAUAAAUGGAAGCUGUUGCGCACAAUUUGCAGAACAGAGCUUUUUUCCGGCGGAGCAUUGCAGUCUCAAGCUUGUAUGCGGGAGAGAAAAGUGAUGGAGAUGGUGAAAUUUUUAGAGGGAAUGGAAGGGAAGGCGGUGGGAGUUGGGGAAGUUGUUUUUGGGACUGUGUUUAAUAUGUUGAGUAAUGUUUUCGUGUCCAGAGAUUUUAUCAGCGUGGGGGAUGAGACUGAGAAUGAGGAUAUGCAUAUGGGGAUGAAAGGGCUUGUGUCGGAACUAAUUGAGGCGGUUUCUGCUCCAAAUUUAAGCGAUUUUUAUCCAGUUUUGGGUGGUCUGGAUCUUCAGAGGCGACAGAAGAAGUGCAAGGACGUGCUCGCGAGGAUUUGUGCAAAGUGGGAGUGGGUCAUCAAAGAAAGAAGAGAGAAAAGGGGAACUGCUGGUGUUUGUGAGAGACAAGAUUUCUUGGAUGUGAUGAUCGACAGUGAUUUUACGGAUGAUCAGAUCAACCAAUUGGCUCUGGAGCUACUCACAGCUGGUACAGACACCAGUAGCGGUACGAUUGAGUGGGUAAUGGCAGAACUUAUAAAAAAUCCAGUUUCUAUGAAGAAAGUCCAAGAAGAACUUGCAAAAGAGAUUGGCAAGGACAUGGUAAAAGAAUACAAUCUAUCUCAGCUGUCCUACCUACAAGCCUGUGUUAAAGAAGCUCUGAGGCUGCACCCCCCUGGACCAUUUCUCCUUCCUCACCGCGCUCUCGACUCGUGCAAAGUGAUGAACUAUACCAUCCCUAAGAACGCUCAGGUAAUUGUAAAUGUCUGGGCAAUUGGAAGAGACCUGCUGAACUGGGAAGACCCAUUAGUAUUCAAACCAGAACGCUUCCUCAACUCAAGCUUAGAUUUCAAAGGCAGCAAUUUCGAGUACUUGCCGUUUGGUGCAGGAAGGAGAAUCUGCCCUGGCUUACCCAUGGCUGCAAAGCAGAUUCCCUUGGUUCUUGCUUCAUUGAUCCAUUUAUUUGACUGGUCUCUUCCAAAUGGAAAUGAUCCAAGCAAUCUGGACAUGGGUGAGAAAUUUGGAAUAACAUUGCAGAAGAGAGAACCUCUGCUUCUGAUUCCCAAAACCAGAAAAUGACCCUAGAGGUUGCCAUAGUCUCCUCACUUACUGUUACAUAUUCUGAUGAGUAACAGUAUGGUUUGUAUCAUGCAUUAUCAAUGUCCACUUUAUGUUGUAUAAAAAUGGCCUAUUAUCAUGUUUAUUGAGUACCACUGUGGCUUUUGAUUUUCAUGUAAAAUGCACAAGUUUCGCCAUUGGAUGGCCUUAUAUUGCAUAUAAAAAAAUGGCCAAGAGGUUGUCAUUGCCUCCUUAUCAUGUAUACUAUCUUUGUUACAUAUUCUGAUGAAUAAACAGUGUGGUUUGUAUCAUGCAAUAUCAGUGUCCACUUUCUGAUGAAUAAAAUGGCCUAUUAUCUUGUUUAUUA